GUCCCGACCCGAGCUCGCGCCUCAUCGCACUGCCCCACCUCGCUGGUGGUCGCAUCCUACACGCAGCACAUUCACGCACCCGCUCCUCCCCCAGCACAAGCCAACAGCAAGCGCAUCAUGGACGACUUCAAUAGCGAGACGGACAGCGACUACACGAGCUACUGGCGUGAUUGGUUCAUAUCCUCACGAGGAAACGAGUACUUUUGCGAGAUUGACGAAGAAUACCUCACCGACCGCUUCAACCUCACGGGCCUGAACACCGAAGUCCAGUACUACCAAUAUGCCCUGGACCUCGUAACCGACGUCUUCGACUUUGACUGCGACGAUGAUAUGCGCGAACAGAUUGAGAAGUCGGCGCGGCAUCUAUACGGUCUGGUGCACGCAAGGUACAUUGUCACGACUAGGGGUCUGGCAAAGAUGCUUGAAAAGUUCAAAAAGUCCGACUUUGGCAAAUGCCCACGCGUAAUGUGCGAAUCGCAGCCUCUCCUUCCCAUGGGUCAGUCCGACGUGCCCAACGCCUCGCCCGUAAAGCUCUACUGCGCCCGCUGCGAAGACCUAUACAACCCCAAGUCGUCGCGUCACGCAAUUAUUGACGGUGCAUACUUUGGCACCUCGUUCCACAACAUCCUCUUCCAAGUCUAUCCCGCUAUGCUUCCUCCGAAAUCCCAGCGACGGUACGAGCCCCGCGUCUUCGGCUUCAAGGUGCAUUCUGCAGCAGCGCUGUCACGGUGGCAAGCGGAAAAGAAGGACGAGAUGAAAGACCGACUGAAGGCGCUGAAAAUGGAGACUGGCUUCGAGGAAGAGGACGAGGAACUAGAAGACGACGAUGACGAUGACGACAUGGAGCUUCAGGAGGGUGCUCAGGGCGCGGCAGGACAGCAGCUAUGACGGAUGGGCCUGUAAACGGUCGCUUUGAACCACAUUUAUAGACCAACAAAACAAAGAUGUAUACAUUAGGACCGGGCUAUGAAAGGGGGUUUGGGGCAUUAUGUCGACGACUUGGCAUGGGUUCGGCGCUAAGGGCGUCAUGGCUGGGUGUACAACAACCACAAACUAACUGAUAUACCACCAACC